GGACUCUAUUGCAUCUAAUGGCUGAGCCAGGAACCUCUUUACUGGUGCCUUCAGUACAGGAGCUAGCAAAGCAACCCAUCACCCAUGUUCCUGAACGAUAUGUUCGACCAAAUCAAGACCCUCCUUUUGUGUCUAACAACACAACCUCUUUACCACAAGUCCCAGUCAUAGACCUCAACAAAUUGUGGUCUGAAGAUGCAACUGAACUAGAGAAGUUGAAUCAUGCAUGCAAAGAAUGGGGCUUCUUCCAGCUGAUUAAUCAUGGGGUCGACCCUUCAUUAGUGGAAAAUGUAAAGAUAGGUGUUCAAAAAUUAUUCAACCUUCCAAUGGAAGAGAAGAAGAAGUUUUGGCAAACACCAGAAGACAAGGAAGGGUUUGGUCAAUUGUUUGUUGUGUCUGAGGAUCAAAAGCUAGACUGGGCAGAUAUGUUCUACAUUGCCACUUUUCCAAGGAAUCCCCACCUAUUUCCUAAUAUUCCCCAACCAUUCAGAGAUAAUCUAGACACCUAUUGUUUAGAACUGAAAAACAUUUGCAUUAAAAUCCUUGGCCUUAUAGCCAAAUCUCUUGAAAUCGAAAAAAACGAACUGUUAGAGUUGUUUGAAGAUUUAAAUCAAGCAAUGAGGAUGAAUUACUACCCUACAUGUCCUCAACCAGAACGAGUCAUUGGACUCAAUCCUCAUUCUGAUUCUGGUGCCCUUACCAUCCUUCUCCAAGUGAAUGAAAUUGAAGGCCUUCAAAUAAGAAAAGAUGGAAUGUGGAUUCCUAUUAAACCUCUUCCUAAUGCUUUUGUCAUCAACGUUGGAGACUUGUUGGAGAUACUGACCAAUGGAAUUUACCGGAGCAUUGAACAUCGAGCAACAGUUAACUCAAAGAAAGAAAGGAUUUCCAUUGCCACAUUUCAUAGGCCUCAAAUGAGUAAAGUUAUUGGUCCAACACCAAGCCUUGUCACUCCUGAAAGACCUGCAUUGUUCAGAAGCAUUAGUGUGGCAGAUUACUUUAAAGCAUUCUUUUCACGUGAGUUACAAGGGAAAUCACUGCUUGAUGUCAUUAGGAUCCAAAAUGAGAUUGGUGAAUGAAAAAAGUACGCAUAGGACUUUGCUUGGGAUUGAAUAAUAAAACAUGUACUCUGAAAACAAUUAUACGGUAGCUAAUGUAUAAUAAUACAAUCCUCUAGGUGUUAAAUCACUGUUAAACGCUUCAAGCUGAUCAUGUGAUAGCUUGGAAGCUAAUGUCUAUUUGCAAAUUUAUAUCAUGGGACUUGAAAUGUGUAUUCUUGUACUAGUUUGAUGAUAUAUGCCUCAGGCGUGUUCAG